GAGGGGAGCAGCUACCGCCUGGCGCUGAAGCGGAUGGCAGGGGACCUCCUGUCCCUGCGCCAGCAUGUCACCAGCCUGGAGGUGGAGAACGGGCACCUGCGACACAGCCUGGCCUCGCAGGAGGAGCUGGGCCACGCUCUGCUUGAUGAUGUGGACCUGGACGUCAUGACCCGGGAGGAGCUGCUGGACAGGCUCACCACCCUCAAGCGCAAGCUGGUGGCCGGCACAGAGGCGAUGAGGAGGCUGAAGGACUGUGUCCAGCGAUUGCAGAACGAGCUGAUCCGGAAAAAUGACCGGGAGAAGGAUCUGGUGCUGCUCCAGCGAGCCCACCAGCAGCAGCAAGCUGCGUUGAGGAGGUACCAGGAGAAGGUGGCCAAGACGAAGGGCUUGGAGGAGAUCGUGAUCCAGGUGAUGGAGCGGAUGCUGCAGGAGAAGCAGGCUGGGGCAGGCAGGACCACCAAGCAGCCAGCGGGUGAAGCCCUCUCUGGGGAGGUGUACACCAUGCUGCUGGCCGAGAACCGCAGGCUGCGGGAGGAGCUGGCAAG